AUGGAAGCUUCAGUAUCUCAACGCCCCAACAACCGCGAGAUCCGCGUCUUGGACCUGCUACCUGGCUGCCCCGACGACACUAUUGAGUGCCAUAUCCGCAACAUUAGUGUCGAUGGCGAUGCGCAAUACGAAGCGCUAUCAUAUGUUUGGGGUGAUGCUGUCGAGAAAAGAAGUCUUCAAGUGUCAGGAAGCCCCAUCAACAUCUCGCCAAACCUCCACGACGCUCUUCGACGUCUACGUUAUCCAGACCAAACUCGCACACUGUGGGUUGACCAGAUAUGCAUCAACCAGUGGGAUAUGGAAGAGAAGGCCAGCCAGGUUGCCUUGAUGCGAGAAAUCUACAGUAAAUGCGCACAUUGCAUCCUAUGGCUGGGUGAGAUCCAAUAUGCCGAACAUGGCAUAAAUGAGGCGGACACACACGCAGUAUUUGCGUUCUUUGAAGCUGUCGCCAACAGACCAGCAAUCAGAAAUACAUCAGCAGGAGAGGCCUACGACUUGUCUAGUAAAGGCGUUGACCCCGAGGAUGGCCUCCCCACGCUCUUCCAAGAAGGUGCCGCAGGCGUGACGGCCCGAAAGGCCUUUGCAGCCUUUGCUAUGUAUGGGAAUACCUGGUGGGAGCGCAUCUGGACAAUUCAAGAGUCAAUACUGCCCUGCUCAGCUGAGUUCAGAUGGGGCCCGCUCUCAGUGUCACGGCGCAACAUACUCCUAGUGGUACAGCAUCUGCGCAAGCGCCAACUGAAGUGGUGGAAUCACUCGCAUCGAUACAGGCAAUUCUCGGCAGGAGGUAGAUUCGAGCGCGAACAGGAGCCCGAGAAGGAAGACUUAUUACCGAAGGUAUCGAGUGAUUGGACAUGUUUAUCCUUACCAGGUCUGCUGGUCGACCAAGUAGAGCAAGUCAACAGCGUGUACGAGGUUUCCGAUGAGGAAUAUCUUGACUAUCGGAAGAUACGGAACGUAAUGUCCGACGCAAGGCAACUAGUGGCAGGGCACGACAGCUAUAAACGUGAUCCGGCACAAUCGUGCGAAGCCCUGUGGCGGACCAUGAUCGGUGAUCUCGUCAUGGCUGAGUAUCCUAUCGAACGAGCGAAAGCAACGCACGCUUCGGAAUUUCUCGAGAUCGAACGCGCACUCAGCAAUGAAGAAUUCCCGCAACAAGGCCACCAGUCUAAUUAUCCUCCACACGGGAUGAGCGGGCUAUUUGAAUCUCUCUGUGGUAUGGUACCGAAUCAUGCUUUCUUCAUUACAAAGAGAGGUUACCUUGGUAUGGGCCCACCUACUACCUCGCCUGGAGACCAGAUCUGGGUCUUUUAUAACGGCAACGUACCAUUUGUCAUGCGGAAAAGAAACAAGGAAGAACUUGAGAAUGGAUAUCAUGAGCUUCGUCUUGUUGGAGACGCGUAUGUACACGGCAUCAUGGACGGCCAGGCUAUCUCAGACGAACACGUCACUCAGACAGCUCAAAUUUACUAA